AUGCAGAGUUGGUACACCCUCUUCACCCCGACCGAAGCCACCAGCAUCGUGGCCACCACCGUCAUGUCCAACACCACCAUCGUCCGGCUGCACCUGGACUGUCAUCAGCAGGAGAACCUGGCCUCCUCUGCCCGGACCCUGGCCCUGCAGUGUGCCAUGAAGGACCCACAGAACUGUGCCCUCUCUGCCCUCACCCUCUGCGAGAAGGACCACAUCGCCUUCGAGACGGCCUACCAGAUUGUUCUGGACGCGGCCACCACGGGGAUGAGCUACACACAGCUGUUCACGAUAGCUAGGUACAUGGAGCACAGGGGGUACCCUAUGAGGGCGUACAAGUUAGCCACGUUAGCCAUGGCUCAUCUAAACCUCAGCUACAACCAGGAUACCCACCCAGCCAUCAAUGACGUGCUGUGGGCCUGCGCUCUGAGUCACUCGCUGGGAAAGAACGAGCUGGCGGCCGUCAUCCCCCUGGUGGUGAAGAGUGUGAAGUGUGCCACGGUGCUGUCUGAUAUUUUGCGGCGGUGCACACUGACCACGCCGGGGCUGGUGUCAGCGCUGCACAGCCGCAGGAACUCUGGGAAGCUGAUGUCGCUGGACAAGGCUCCGCUCAGGCAGCUGCUGGAUGCCACCAUCGGGGCCUACAUCAACACCACCCACUCUCGCCUCACGCACAUCAGCCCGCGCCACUACAGUGAGUUCAUAGAGUUCCUGGGGAAGGCCCGGGAGACGUUCCUCAUGGCCCAGGAUGGACACAUCCAGUUCACACAGUUUAUAGACAACCUCAAACAGAUCUACAAGGGCAAGAAGAAACUCAUGAUGCUGGUGAGGGAGAGGUUUGGCUGACCAGGGUCGGCCCAUAGGGAGAGAUUUGGCUGACCAAGGUCGGCCCCUAGGGGAGGUUUGGCUGACCAGGGUCGGCCCCUAGGGGGAGGUUUGGCUGACCAGGGUCGGCCCCUAGGGGGAGGUUUGGCUGACCAGGGUUGGCCCCUAGGGAUAAGUUUGGCUGACCAGGGUCGGCCCCUAGGAAGAGGUUUGGCUGACCAGGGUCGGCCCCUAGGGGGAGGUUUGGCUGACCAGGGUCGGCCCCUAGGGAGAGGUUUGGCUGACCAGGGUCGGCCCCUAGGAAGAGGUUUGGCUGACCAGGGUCGGCCCCUAGGGGGAUGUUUGGCUGACCAGGGUCGGCCCAUAGGGAGAGGUUUGGCUGACCAGGGUCGGCCCCUAGGGAGAGGUUUGACUGACCAGGGUCGGCCCCUAGGGGGAGGUUUGGCUGACCAUGGUCGGCCCCUAGGGAAAGGUUUGGCUGACCAGGGUCGGCCCCUAGUACUUUUAUAUUAACUUGAUUCUGCCUUUUGAACUUCUUUGAACUUAAACAUGGACAAGUGAAGAGUUGGAGGACAAAGCAAAAGAAGAAGGAAAACAAUCUUUACAGAGCCACAUGGUAUUAUUGUUCUUGCUGUUGUUAUUGUUAUCAACAUUAUUACUAUUAUGAUUAUUAUUAUUACUAUGUGUACAGUACUAUGUGUGUUUUAUUUUCAGAAGAGGAAAUAUGUCACGUUGUGAAUGUUGUGUGUGUAUUUCUUUACGUGUGUGCGAGAGAAAAAAGCUGAUAACUGAAAUAGCUCUUUCUCAAAUGUUUAUUAUUAUUAGCAUCCCCCCAUUUUAUAUAUUGGUUUUAUGAGUAUAUGUUGUCAAGUGGCUUAAGGCCCUUGUGCGAAAGCGCUCGUGUAAAAACACAUUGGCAGCCUCAAAGAGACACUAUGGCUUUAAAACCACACAGACCUACUGACUAUUGGAAGCACUGCACAGCUCGGCUCCAUGAGAAAACCACCAUUAGCAUUUCUGUUGACUCAUCACUUGUGUUUUCUCUGAGUCAUAGGUAUUAGUUAGAUUGUAGUUUUAGAAUAAUGGUCUUAACAGACUGGUGUUGUUUCAGAUGCAGUAA